CAGUACGUUUGUCCUUAUUCACAUAACUAAGUUACGCCAAAACGGUGGGCAGAAUCUACGGGUCUACGCUGGUCGGGCUUGUCACCGGGGGAGCGGAAUCGACUGAUAAACGGAUGUCCAUUCAUUCAUUGAGGGGAUGUCUGCGAAGUAAAAUCGUGAUUGGUGGACUGGUCCUUUAACGGUCGUUUUGUGUGAUGAGGAGCUGAACAGAUCAAGGACUUGGUUAUUGAGCUACACAAUGACUAAUCACUAAUUACACAGACAGGAUUAUCAUUUGGGAAGCUGACCUGCCAUUACAUUUUUGUGUGUCUUUAAACUGGUUCUAAAGUUAACUAUAGAAUAUUUAUCUUGGUUAUUGUUACACUUCUGUGAUGUAAAUACUUGGCUAGCUGUAUGUGGGUAGAUGGGCUAUUUAUUGUUUAUUGUAACUAGUUAAUUGAUUAGGGCCAUUGAUCUGGCAGGGCAAUGUACAGCUGACUGUCAAACCAAAGGCCGACUGACACCGACUGCAGCUUCAGGCUUUCUUUGGUUAGUCUGGUGGAAAGUUGACUUGGGACCAUCUCAUAUCUCUCUCCGCAUCAUUAAGAAUAAUGUGGGUCAAGGCGCUCAGCGUAUGCCUGUUGGCCUUUGCAGUGGGUCUUAUCCAUCACCUGAAUCCCAACAUCCCUGAAACAGCCUUGAGCUACCUCUCUUCUACCCUACAAAGCAUUUCACGCAGGGAGCUGUCUUCGCCAUCCUUUGAAGAAACCUUCUCUGCUGCAUGGGACAAUCUCAUAGUGGCACCCAGCAAACACUGGGGAAGAGUGGCUGUGGGAGUAAAUGCAUGUGUGGAUGUUGUUCUCUCCGGGGUGAGCUUGUUGCAGGCAUUAGGCUUAAAUCCACAGUCUGCAAGAGAUCAUGCCGUUCUAAACACGCAGGAAGAGCUGGCUGGUACCUUCCUGCACUACAUGCAGCAAGGGGCAGCUGCUGAACGGUUCUACAGCGAUGCAGUCAGCUUCCAGCGCAUUUCCAGCGUUGCCUCAAAGGACCCAGGUGCCCAGUACUUUCUUGGCGGAAAUGCUGCUCUCAUUGCUCAGAGACUGGCGACCCAUCCUGACUUGGAGGUCCUUCUUUGUGGUCCCAUUGGCCCCAAACUUCAUGAGCUACUUGAUGAGCGUAUAUUGGUGCCUCCCGCAUCUCUACAAGAGCAUGACGAGUAUCACUUAAUAUUGGAGUACAAAGCUGGAGAACGCUGGGGAUCAGGUCGUGCACCUGCAGCCAGCAGAUUUAUCUUCUCCCAUGACCUGUCCAAUGGUGCUAUGACAACACUGGAGGUCUUACUGUCUAGUCUGGAAGAGUUCCAGCCCAGAUUGUUGGUGUUGUCUGGGCUCCACAUGAUGGAAGGCCUAAGCCAGGAGGCAAAGGAGGUCAGGCUGAGAGAAGCCGCAUCUUCAAUGUCUGAAGUCCCUUCUGAUGUGCUCAUUCACCUGGAAUUGGCUAGUAUGACAGAUGGUGACCUUAUGAGAGGGAUCAUCUACCAGCAGGUAUUCCCUCUGAUAAGUUCUUUGGGACUCAAUGAGCAAGAGCUUCUGUUUCUCAGCCAGUCUGCCUCAGGCCCACACUCCAACCUUCAAGCUUGGUCAGGUAUCCCAGAUGUUGGAAUGGUCAGUGACAUAAUAUUCUGGAUCCUUCAGGGUUCUCGGAAUGGAUCCUCCGCUCUGACACGUGUUCACUUUCAUACUCUGGCCUAUCAUAUCCUGGCCACUAUCGAUGGGUUCUGGAACAAUCAAGUAUCAGCGGUUGCUGCAGGUGCUAGAAUUGCUGGUGCUCAGGCUUGUGCCAGUGAUAGAAUAGAUCCAGCCCGGGUCAUGCUUAAGAGCCCUUUGGAGUUCUCUACAUCUCAUGCGGAGGUGGGCAGUACUGUAAAGGUGAGCGUAGAGAAACCCGUGGCAGUUUGGAAUAAAGGAGACGUGACUUUUCACUUCACACCAGUUCUGAUCUGCAAAGAGCCCAGUAGGACAGUGGGAUUAGGGGACGCAAUAUCCGCAGAGGGACUUUUGUUUUCUGAAGCAAUGUUUCAGUGAUACACAUUCCAAGUGCUUCUGCAGCACAGCUGCUAUCACGAGCCUGUCCAAUAGGUGUAAAAAGAAGGGUUUUCAGGUAGUAGACUGCA